AUGCGAACAAAUGGGGGUGCUAAGCUCAUAAUAGCUAGAAAUACUAGUCUCACUUCUGAGGAAGAUAAGAAAGUUCGCGCUUAUGCUUAUCAACGUAAGCAACCCUUGUUCGUAAUCAGGAUACAACCAUCCUUUGUCGUGAAGAACUUUAAUCUGGGUAUACCGAAAGAAUUUGCAAAUAGAUACUUGGACAAGAAACGGCCUUUCAGUCUCACAUUCAACGUCCAAAUUGAUGCUAGCAAAACUUGGCCAGUGUUAGUUGAUGCUGAUUAUACACAUGUAAAGUUCAGAAAAGGAUGGAAAGAUUUUGCAUUAAAAAACAAGUUAAAAGUGGGUGAUAUAUGUAUCUUUGAGUUGAUCAGGAAACACAAGUUCCAAGUUCAUAUAAUUCGUGUUAGUGAUGAGAAAAAUGCUGAAAAUCUAGUGUUCAAAACUGAGGAGGAGAUCCAUUAUCCGCUUAUAACAAAAGCAUGUAGGGAAAGCCCUCCCAAGAAGAGGAGAACUAAUGACCACACUAAACCUUGCUCUUCAGUGAAAGGGAUGCAAACAAGUAUGGAUAACAAGCUUAUAAUAGCUCACAAAAGAAAUUGGAAGCUCACUCCCGAGGAAUACAAGAGAGUUCGCGCUUAUGCUCAUCAAUGUAAGCAUCCUGUAUUUGUGAUAAAGAUGCAACCGUCCUUUGUUGAGUACAACUUUAGUGUGGGUGUACCGAAAACAUUUAGGAAGAGAUACUUCACAUACUUGGACAAGAAACAAUAUUUCAGUCACAGGUUCAAUCUUCGAACUGAUAGUGGCAAAACUUGGCCGGUUACAAUGUUUGCUAGCAAUACACAUGCUAAGUUGAAAACGGGAUGGAAAUCUUUUGCAUUAGAUAACAAGUUGAAUGUGGAUGAUACUUGUAUCUUUGAGUUAAUCAACCAACAAGAGUUUAAAGUUAGCAUAUUACGAGUUGCUAAUGCGAAGGGAAAUCACGAAAAUCCAGUCAAAAGUGAAGUUUGA